ACGUUUCGUGAUAAAAAAAAUAAAUAAAUAAUAAAUGAAGAUUCUUUUUCACCAUAAGAAUUUUUCAAUGCAAAUAUAACCUUUUCUUCAACAUCGCUUAGUGCAGUGUUUUCUAAAAUUCAUAUAAAAAUAUGCCCAAUAUUUUUACAAAACACGUAAUAAUACCUUGUGCGAAAAAUUUUUUAUAAAAUAUUUAACAAAAUAAUAUAAAAAUACAGAUAAUAAUAUAGAAAAAAAACUCGUGAAAAUCAUAUUUGACAUACAAUAAAAUACAUAAAAUUCACCAUAGUUUCCAGUUUCGAAGAUGCUUGUCUCUUUAGAUGGAAUCCAUAGUGGAGUACCUACUAGAACUACUUCUACACUUACACCGACGACACUCAGAAAUAUUGAACAAACAUUUCUGGAAUUAACCAACGACACUUCAAGUACAGUUCCAUGCCAAGCAGGCUUUGUACCACCAUUACCAACAUUUCAAUUUGAACCAGAAUCACAAGACCAUAGUUUGGGUUCAACAGGCACUAGUUCAAGCGAAUCCUGGCAAACUUCAACACCCAAGCAAGAAAAUUUAGAAGAAAGCGCUUCAGAAAUAAUUACAAUUAAAGAAUCAAACUCAAAACGCAAUAUGGGUGGACGACGAGGGGGUGGAAGGAGACCAGAAAAUGCAGCUAAUUUAUCCCCAGAAGAAGAGGAAAAACGUCGAAUUCGUCGUGAACGAAAUAAAUUAGCAGCAGCCCGAUGUCGUAAGCGUCGUGUUGAUCAAACGAAUGAUUUGUUAGGUAAAGUGCAAGUUUUGGAAAACGAGAAAAAUAAACUUCAGCGUGAUAUUCAAGAUCUUCAAACUGAAAAAGAGGACUUGGAAUGUUUAUUGCAAUCACAUCGAAAUCAGUGUAAACUCAACUGUGCCGGCAUGUCGAAAGUGGUGGAACUAAAAUCAAAGCUUGAAUUCAAAGAACCAAUACACAUGCCAUUGAUUGGUAAAAUAAAGGUUGAAGUAGAUGAUCCCACAUAUGAAUAUGUGUCCCCGCCAAAUAAACAUCUUAUGUCUACUGCAAACCCGGUAAUAUCAGAUGUAUCAUCAAAACCAAUCGCUCGGCCCAGUUCUUUAAAUGUUCCGUUUACGGCUCCACCAUCACAAACUAUUGGUUUACACAAAAAUAUUGCGGACAUAGCUGGUGUCCAAAUAACAACACCUUCAAAUGUGGUGGCAUUCAAUUUUGAUAGUUUAAUGGACGGUGGAACAGGUCUAACUCCAACUUUACCCGUUGCUAUCCCCACGUGUGCUCAAAACAAAGAUUUGGCAACACCCAGUGAGCCUUCGAAAUUAGUUAGUUUCACAGCAUUAUAGCAAAAUUAUUUUUAUAUAAAAAAUUAAGUUAAAAAAAGAACGUUUUGCCAAGUCUGAAAUUAGAUAAUUACAUUGUAGGUGGCGUUCAUGACAAACUUGUCUUGCUAUCAUGUUGAUAAAAUUACUGUUAAUAGUCGACUGACAAAAUAACAUUGUUUUAAAUAUGUAAAAUGUUUUUUCGUAACACUUACCGAAUCCAUUUUAACAAGUGAAUAUUUCAAAUCAAAUAAAAUUUUAUGAAAUGGUAGGAUGAAUCCAAUAGAAUAUUUGAGAUAUAAAUUAUAAAUUAUUCAUUGUUUUUUUAAUUGCCAAUGUUAUUAUGAGAAGUGAUUGAAUAAGAAUGCGAGCUCAAUUAAAAAUUGAUUCAAUACAGAAAA